AUGGCGGCGGCGUCGCGGGUGUUUGCCUUCCGUGAUGCGCGCUGGGCCCCGGACCCGGUGCUGGAGCCGAGUGCGGCCGUGCGAACGCCGCAGCCGGUGCCGCUGGUGAUCGAUAACGGCUCCUUCCAGACGCGGGCGGGCUGGGCGUGCGCUGACCCUGCCGUCCCCGCGGAGCCCCUGCUCCGGUUCCGCUCGCUGGCGGCGCGCAGUCGUGGGGCCCGCGGCGGGGCCGGCGCCGAGACGCAGGUGGGCAACGACCUGGGGAGCCCCGAGCCCCUGCGCUGGCUGCUCCGCUCGCCCUUCGACCGCAACGUGCCCGUCCAGCUGGAGCUGCAGGAGCUGCUCUUCGACCACGUCUUCCAGCGCCUUGGCGUCGCCUCGCAGGGAUGUGUUGAUCACCCAAUUGUUUUGACAGAAGCAGUGUGCAAUCCUCUGUAUUCAAGACAAAUGAUGUCAGAGCUUCUCUUUGAAUGUUACCAAGUGCCAAAAGUCUCCUAUGGUGUAGACAGCUUGUACAGUUUUUACCACAACGGAAAGCAGAACUGGCCCUGCAGUGGUUUGGUCAUAUCUUCAGGUUAUCAGUGUACCCACAUCUUGCCAGUCUUAGAAGGCAGGCUGGAUGCUAAAAACUGCAAACGAAUUAACCUUGGAGGGUGUCAGGCAGCUGUGUACCUGCAACGCCUGCUCCAGCUGAAAUACCCAGGACACUUUGCUGCCAUCACUCUCAGUCGCAUGGAGGAAAUACUGCAUGAGCACAGCUACAUUGCAGAGGACUAUAUAGAAGAGCUACAGAAGUGGCGAUCCCCAGAGUACUAUGAGAACAACAUGCACAAGAUGCAGCUGCCUUUCUCUAACAAGCUGCUGGGGAGCACUCUGACAUCAGAGGAAAAGCAGGAGAAGAGGCAGCAGCAGUUACGUCGGCUUCAAGAGCUCAACGCGCGCCGGCGAGAGGAGAAGCUGCAGCUUGACCAGGAGAGGCUGGACAGGUUACUCUAUGUACAGGAGCUCCUGGAAGAUGGUCAAAUGGAUCAAUUCCACAAAGCUUUAGUGGAGCUGAACAUGGAUUCUGCAGAAGAACUUCAGUCUUACAUCAACAAGUUGAGUCUGUCUGUUGAACAGACGAAGCAGAAAAUCCUACAGGCAGAAGUCAAUGUUGAAGUAGAUGUUGUGGACAGCAAGCCAGAGACUCCUGACUUGGAUACCUUGGGCAGUGAACAGUCACUGGAGGAUGUGGAAAGCAUUAAUGAGUUUGAACCUUUAUUUGCUGAGGAACAGCCUGAAGUUGAGAAGCCUGCUGCUGCAGUGCAGCCUGUCUUUAACCUGGCAGAGUACCACCAGCUCUUUCUUGGCACUGAACGAAUCAGAGCUCCAGAGAUUGUCUUCCAGCCCUCCCUGAUAGGAGAAGACCAGGCUGGCAUAGCAGAGACCAUGCAGUAUGUCCUUGAGAGGUACCCAAAGGAACAACAAGCUGUUCUUGUCCAGAAUGUUUUCCUCACUGGUGGAAAUACAAUGUACCCUGGACUGAAGGCCAGAGUCCAGAAGGAGCUCCUUGAAAUGAGGCCCUUCCAGUCAUCCUUUCAGGUUCACCUUGCUUCCAGCCCUGUUUUAGAUGCUUGGUAUGGGGCUAGGGAUUGGGCAGUGGAACACAUGGGCCGUGAGGAAGGCUGGAUAACCAGAAAAGACUAUGAAGAAAAAGGGGGAGAAUACCUCAAGGAACAUUGUGCUUCCAAUGUCUACGUCCCCAUCCGUCUUCCCAAGCAGGCUCCAAGGACAGCAGAGGCACCCAGCAGAGUGCUGGCAUCCAGUGCUGGCAACCCCUGUGAGCAGGCCUAGCACUGAGCCCUGGGCAUGGCCCAGGGACUGGA